CCAGCCUUAUAAAAGCCUCAUCAGGCAAACUUUGAUUACUGUAGAGACACACACUUCAAGUCUUUCUUUCUGCUCUAUUGAGUGAUCAUUUUAGACACAGAAACCAACCAUGGACUUCCAACCACAGAAGCAAACUGUCUUGAAACCUCCUGUGUACAGGAUUCCUGCUCUUUUAUACGAAAGAGAAAGUGAAACUCUUCUGGCCUUUGCAGAGCAGCGGACGACGAAAAGUGACUCCAAUGCAAAGGUGCUGGUCAUGAAAUCAGGAAAGCUGAAGGAAGAAUCCCCUGAUGUGAAGACAAUUGAGUGGACAGAGUUCAAACUGGUGGAAGAGGCUCGGAUUGAUGGACACCGCACGAUGAACCCCUGCCCAGUGUACGAAAAGAACAACAAAGUACUCUUCCUGUUUUUCAUCUGUGUUGAAGGCAAUGUCUCAGAGUUGUGGCAGAUAAGAAAUAACACAAACAAGGCCCGUCUCUGCUACAUCACAAGUGAGGAUCUUGGACAAAGUUGGAGCAAGGUAACAGAUUUGACAGACACACUGGAAGAAAUCAAUGACUGGGCCACGCUGGCUGUUGGUCCAGGCCAUGGUGUUCAAAUGAAUGGGGGUAGAUUGAUUGUUCCUGUUCAUGCUUAUGUUAAGAACAAUGCACAAUAUGCACUCGCCCUGUAUAGUGAUGAUUGUGGUGACCAUUGGCAGUUUGGCAAAAUACUUCAAACAAAAUCAAUUGAAUGUGAAAUGGCAGAGUUUUUUGAUGAAGAAGGCAAAAGCUUCAUCUACUGCAAUGCCCGUAAUGAGGGCGGCAAUCGAGUGGAAGCAUUCAGUGAAAAUAAUGGAGAUGAUUUUGCCAAGCGGAUUGGGAAACUCAUUGAAACAGGUAGAGGUUGUCAGGGAAGUGUGGUCUCCUUUCCAGCUCAAAGUGAAGAUGCAAAUGCAGAGGGUGAUCAAGACCAGAACCCAAAGUGGCUGCUCUUCACUCACCCAAGUGAUCAGUCCAGAAGGACUGAUUUAGGAGUGUAUCUGAACAAAUCCCCACAGGAUCCAAAUGCAUGGAGCAAACCCUGGAUCAUUAACGGUGGACCCAGUGGUUACUCAGACCUGGCUUACAUUGAUGAUGGUUGGUUUGCAUGUCUUGUCGAGUGUGGGAAGAAGACAGAACUUGAGCAGAUAGCCUCUGUGGUUUUUAACUACAAGCACAUCAAGCAAGGCAUUGGAGAGUAACUGACAUGAUGCCUUUCUCUGUCGUUUUACCAUAAAUGACAUUCAGCUUUCACAUAUGAGACUUCCUAUAACCUGCUGUUCAAUAAAUGUUAUACUAACACAUUGAAAUCGAAAUCACAACUGAUGAAUACAUUAAGUGUUGGAUAAUGAUUUAUAAUUUCAGCUCUUACAACCAUGAAAAUUAUGUACAAUACUGUGAUGACAUUUUAUA